GCUAGAGAAACAAGUUUUUCCGCAUUUUCUGUAGGUCGACCCUUGAACACAUCCCAAGUCAUUUGAAGUCGACAUCACGACUCACGAUGGCUUCCAAAAGGAAUGUCGUCGCUUACCUUGGGAUUUUGCUCGUUUACGCUUUUUUGGCAAUUGCCUCAUCGAACGCGUGUUCAGAUGUUGAUCCCUGUUUGAAUGGUGGUACUUGUGCGAGCAGUAAUAACACAAGUUUCUGUCAAUGUCAACCAGAAUUCACAGGCCCUCGCUGUGAAACACUUGCGAACCCAUGCGUCUCCAAUCCCUGUCAAAACAAUGGAACGUGUAACAACUACACAAUUGGAAACUACACCUGUUCAUGUACACCACCAUACACGGGAAGCCAAUGUGAAUCCAACAAUCCUCCUACUACAACCACUGGUAUUCCUAUUACAACAACUAGUCCUUCUACUACAACCACUGGUCCUCCAACUACCACAACUGGUUCUCCAACUACAACCACUGGUCCUCCUAGUACGACCACUGCUGGUCCUACUACUACGACCACUGGUCCUCCUACUACCACCACUGGUCCUCCUACUACAACCACUGGUCCUCCUGCUACAACCACUGGUCCUCUUACUACCACUACUGGUCCUCCAACUACAACCACUGGUCCUCUUACGACAACUACUGGUCCUCCUACUACCACCACUGGACCUCCUACGACCACUACUGGUUCUCCUACUACAACCACUGGUCCUCUGACUACAACCACUGGUCCUCCUACUACGACCACUGGACCUCCUUCUACAACCACUGGUCCUCCUACUACAACCACUGGUCCUCCUACUACGACCACUGGUCCUCCUACUACGACCACUGGUCCUCCUGCUACCACCACUGGACCUCCUACRACCACUACUGGUCCUCCUACUACAACCACUGGUCCUCCUACGACCACUACUGGUCCUCCUGCUACCACCACUGGACCUCCUACGACCACUACUGGUCCUCCUACUACCACCACUGGUCCUCCUACUUCAGCUUGUUCAGAGAAUGAUCCAUGCCUCUAUUACGGUACUUGUUUGAGCAAUAAUGGCACAAGCUUCUGUCAAUGCCAACCAGGAUUUACAGGCCGUCGCUGUGAAACAAAAAUACCGGGGAACGUUGUUUGUGGCAAAUACACAAAAACUAAUACUUCACUGAGUGGGGAAACAGUGGAACCGCUGAAGAUCAUUACUUGUCACUACGAUCAAAGAUGCAUCAAUCUGACAUACGAGGGAGUAUCAUCAUCUCCAAGCUACAGCAUUAACGUAGCUACACGAAGAUGCGUCAACGUAUCAUAUUGCAGUCAGCUGUGUGCUCACUGGAAAGAACAGCAACAGCAUGGUGUGAAUAUAACUACAUGUGACGGUGCUUGCUGCGAUGGUGAUUUCUGCAACGUUGGGGAUUUGUUGAACAUUCCAUUAGUUUUGAACCCGUGCGACUCCAAUCCAUGUCAGAACAAUGGAACGUGUACCUACACCAAUAGAAACUACACCUGCUCCUGUACACCACAAUACACAGGAAGCAACUGUGAAACAAACAUUCCUACUCCUACUACCACCACUGGUCCCCCUUCUACGACCACUGGUCCUCCAACUACGACCACUGGACCUCCUACGACCACCACUGGUCCUCCUACUACGACCACUGGUCCUCCUACUACAACCACUGGUUCUCCUACUACGACCACUGGUCCUCCAACCACGACCACUGGACCUCCUACGACCACCACUGGUCCUCCUACUACGACCACUGGUCCUUCUACUACAACUACUGGUCCUCCUACUACGACCACUAGUCCUCCUACGACCACUACUGGUCCUCCUACGACCACUACUGGUCCUCCUACUACCACCACUGGUCCUCCUACUACGACCACUGGUCCUACUACUACGACCACUGGUCCUCCUAAUACAACCACUGGUGCUACUACUACAACCACUAGACCUCAGGUCAACGAGUGCAUCAGCAGCCCAUGUGAUAACGGAGGGACGUGUAGUGAUCGAGAGGUUGGUUUUAAUUGUCAAUGUCAUCAAGCUUUCUUUGGCAGCACAUGUCAGCAUAUCAAUCCCUGCUUUUUUAAUCCAUGCGAAAACAACGCAAGAUGUGAGCCAAAUGUCAGCCGUCCAGAGGAGUACAAUUGUGUCUGUCAGCCUGGUUACAGCGGAGAUCGAUGCGAACAAGACGCUUCCUUUAUGAACAACAUGUAUCCAUUUGGAACGGGUGCAGGCGAUAUGUUGAUGCCGGAGGACUUUGUGUACAACUAUAGAUGUCUGGAGCUUGGUAUCCCUGAACCAGGGCUGGAAUUCUUUGGAAGAAAACAUGAAACAUUUUCGAUUUGCAGGAAUGGCAUGAUAUCGUUCGAUGGAACCUACUCUCGUUACUGGCCGCGCAAAUUCGGUCUCCGCUUUUGGGAUCGUUUUCUGCCAACUAUAGCACCGUACUGGUCUUUAGUUGAACACCAACUCUUUGACUCAACGACAGUGUUUCAAUUCGAGGGGACUGUUGUUGAUGAAAUAAUGAACAACAGAAACAGACGUUCGGCUCAUUCAGGAAAGAGAUACAGCAUGCGUAUUGAUCCUAAGAGACAGUCCAAGGUAUAUUACCAACUGUACAGCAGAUGGAAAUACACUAACGCUGCUGCAGCUGUGUUGAGCAAGUCUUCUGAUGACGUCAAAAAGUACACCAAAAGCAGCUUGUACAACGAUUUUAGAGCUAGCUUUGUCGCUGUGGUAACCUGGGUCAAUGUUUAUCCUAACCGCUUACGAAACUUUCCGUACUUCGGAUUGAGCAAUACUUUUCAAACGGUCAUCAUUACGGAUGGAGUCUAUACAUUCAUCAUGUUUAAUUAUCCCAGUGGGGGAAUACAGUGGGCCGCACCACUAGAUAGCUCUCAGUCUUCUAGGGUUAACUAUUGGUAUCGUCAAAGUGGUUUACCUGUGGCGGGAUGGAACUCUGGCACCGAUGACAAAAACCGCUACUUCAACAUCAAGCAGUCUUCAACAUUGGUCAUGGCGCAGCUCAGUCGGUUGCCAGGAAACACCCAAGAAACCGGCCGAUGGUUCUUCCAAUUAGACAAGUCUAACAUGGUGCGGAAAGCAGAGACAAAGUGCUACACCUGGUAUCUACAGCAACCCACAUCACCCGUUUCAUUUCUGCCACCAUGUCCAUGUUGGAGGCGCCAAGCAUUCUUCGACAGAAGAUUCAGGUACGACAGAACACUCCAUCGUGAAUUCUCUGUAUCAUCUCGUGGGGUGUGCUACAUAUCGAGAUGGAGAUUCCAAAGAAUGCCUUACAAUAUUAUUGACGAGAACACCAACUUGAGAAGACCUGUUGACAGAAGAUGGUCGGCACAGCGUUGUUGCUAUGGCACUGACUUUUUGGACUUCCUAUUAGAAGGCCCAGAGAGAGGUGGUCAUGCACGGCAGCUAUUUUCCCCUCCUAUUCCAGGUUUCCUGAGCGAUGAAGAGGCUUACAGCGCCUGUUGCGUGGAAUCCGAACUCUGUCGUCUUUUCUACGAAAAAAGACCUUCUGACGAUUGCAGAUCCUACCGUCCACCAAGAAGGAGAUGGUUCUGGGGUGAUCCUCACAUUGUCACAAUGGACAACAAGAACUACACUUUCAACGGUCUCGGCGAAUACAUUAUGGCUGAUGUUCAGAACGGGUUUUUUCAGCUGCAAGCCAGAACUGCAAAAGCAUUAGGAGACAUAGCAACGGUCUUUUCUGCAGCCGUUGCUCAGGAGCAGAGUACAAGUAAAAUUGAAGCUCGAUUGAAGAGUUCAGGAGAUGGUCUAGACUUUUUUAUCGAUGGCUUAGCAUCCGAUUACAGCAGCAUUACGAAUGGCUCCCAAGAUAUCGGGAAUUUGUCCAUCUCUCGCGACGAAAACGAUGGAUUAACAGCCACCUUCCCAUCAGGCAUCUCUGUCUCGUUCAGCGAAGUUAAAGGGAUGAUGGUAAUCGUAAUCGCGGCACCUGAAUCGUUUAAGAACAAGACGAGAGGACUUCUUGGGGUCUGGAAUGAUGAUUCUAAUGAUGACUUUACUCUUCCUAAUGGCACGAUUAUUCCCGAGUCCUCUAGCGACAGAGACAUCCAUCAUAAGUUUGGUCUUAAAUGGCAAAUCACUGCUAAUCAGUCGUUAUUUACCUACGCGGCUGGUCAAGGUGUAGACACGUUCAAGAACACUUCAUACACACCCCUAUUUGCUGAUGAGCUCAAAUUCAAUGACUCGGCACUUGAAGCCAAAGCAAGAGAAAUAUGUGGUUCUAACCUGGCCUGUUUGUUUGAUAUUGCUGCUACGAAAGAUCUCUCUGUUGGACAAGCCACCUUGAAGACAUCCCAGAACCUUGUUAAUGAGUCAAAUCAACUUGAAAAUUUCCCUCCAACAUUGGUGAAUUCUAGCUCUACGAUCAUGCUGAAACUCGGAGAGACGAAGGAAUUUGUCUUGGUUGCUAAUGACACAAAUGGAGAUCCAAUUGUUUUCCUGCCGCCAUCUUUUCCUGGAUUACAAACCUCCUUAGCGUCUGAAAACGCCUUGAAUAUCAAACUGAAAUUAUCCACUACAAAUAAGGUUAAUUUCACCAUCGUGGUAAGGGACUCGAAAGGCGCAUCAGUGAUCUGGAACCCGACUCUAACAUUAUGCGCAUGUGAAAAUGGGGCAAACUGCUCUCAACCAAACAAUCUCAACGGUGAUAAGUUCCUAGUGAUGUCAUGCAAAUGUGCAAGUGGUUACACUGGCAAGUUUUGUGAAAGCGACCUCAACGCCUGUGAUUUCAAUAGUGGACCUUGCUAUCCUGGAGUUAACUGUACCGAUCUUCCUCCCCCUAGCGGCGUGCAGGGCUAUACAUGCGGACCUUGUCCCGGGGGAUACUCAGGCAAUGGUGCCAAUUGCACAGAUAUCGAUGAAUGUCUCGAUUCUAUAACGUGUUCACAACUGUGCAUAAAUACUCCGGGCUCAUACUUAUGUCAGUGCAAGGAUGGAUACAAACUCAACACAGACGGGAAAAAAUGUGAUAACAUCGACGAAUGUCAAAGACCAGGGACAUGCAUGCAAAGAUGUACCGAUACUGUUGGGAGUUAUAUCUGCACGUGUGACCCUGCCUUCAAGGUGGAUCCAGCCGAUCCAAGUAAAUGUGUUCCAAAGUCUCCGUGUUCUCCAAGAGAUAAUGGCUGCCAGCAUGUCUGUUACAUGGAAAAUAAUCAAAAGAAAUGCUCUUGUAACAAGGGAUACAAACUACAGGAUGACGGAAAGAGUUGCAAAGACAUCGAUGAAUGCCUGGAGAAACCUUGUAGUCAGAAAUGUGACAACACUGACGGCGGAUAUAAGUGUAUCUGCAUACAGGGAUAUAAUCUCAAAGGAGACAACUAUACUUGUGAAGAUAUCAACGAAUGUGCUCAAGGCAAUUACAGCUGCAGUGACCCCUUCCAGCAAUGUAUCAAUAUCAACGGUGGAUACAAGUGUGAAUGUGAACAAGGUUCUUACUGGUCUGGUAGCUCUUGCAAAGAUAUUGGAAACCAAACGGAAGUGGAGUCUGAAGCACCAACGCCACGAAAUGCAAGCCUAGAAGAAGAGGACCAAAGUGUGGAGAUUCGAGUCAAGGACAUGCCAAAGAAUAAGUGGAAAGCUUCAAGAGACAAAGCAUUCAAGAAAACUGUGGCUUCAUUAGUCUCUGCACACUGCAAGAUAAAUCGAGAAAAAUGCGGACUUCCAAAGGCAACCCCAAAAAGAACAAGGCGUGCAGUUGAAGAAGAUUUGUAUGCUCAAUACACUGAAAACCAAGUUCACCUGUUGCCUGGAUAUCCAAAACAAGAUGGCGUAGAUUUGAUCAUUGUAUUCUAUGUUCAAAACCCUCCUGGUGUCAUUGGGGCUACUGUGGUGGUACCAGCUAAUGUCAUGGUAGAAAUCCUCAACAAUAACAAAGGAAAGGUCGAGGAUUCUUUGGAGGGCAGAACAGUGGCUUACAUAAGGUCCUAUAAGCAAACCAAAGCUCCUGAUGAGACCACAAAGACCUGGGUCUGGAUUGUGGUUGGUGUCUGUUGUGGUGUAUUCGUUAUCUUGGUUAUUGUCUUGCUUUUCAUUCUUAUAAAAAAGAAACGCAGAAAGACCAGGAAAAUAAGUGUAGCAUCAUAUAAAACUUCAAGUUUUGGACUAACCAACAUAGGUUUGGUUAAAGACCAUGACAGAAAUGGAACAGAAAUCAAGACUGCUAGUAGUGAAGACAUUGAAAUGGAAAAUCAAAAUGGUAAAUACAGCUUUUAAAACACAUUAAAAGCCAUAUUCCCACUCAUUAACCUCAGCUAAUUUAAAAAGCAUUCUAAUAGUUUUCUCCUUACCAAAUUGGUUAGUUCUUCUAUCUGCUAUUUUGGCUGAAAUGAAGAAAAGAUUUCUCAUAAGUAUCUUUUGCUAAAUCAACCCACCAUAUCAGUUUGUCAUUUCAAACACUUGGGAAUGAUUUUGAGAUUCAGGCCUUUCUAAGAUAAUAUCCCAUUCAGAACUAAGGCACGGGGAUUAAAAGAUGUUUGUGUCAGUACUAAGACCAGAAUUUACCAUGUUCAAUGCCUCCAAAAACCUCUCCAUUAAAGUACACCAAGCAAAAAAAAAUGGGGAUAUAAAAUUGA